CUCCUAAUGUCAGCUCCCAAAGGCUGCUGGGAUGGAAAUAUUUGACUGUUGUGGAGGGAAGCGUGAGUUCAGGGAGUUGUUGGGUUGAAAGAAUGGAUCAGGCAUCCUGCAGUUACAUGUACAAAAUGUAAAGGAUUAUCUGAACGGAUAGCUAAAACAAAAACAGGAGAGACCAUGUCGAACUUGAUGGCAGGGUGAUCCAUUCCCGCAUUGGAGGAAGCUUGUGUGUAAUUGACCGAUGCUUUUGACUCCAGGAACAGUCCCUGUGCAUCACUCUCUCUGAAAUGUCAGUCGUCAACAGGUUUGAUUUCUGAGCUUUCGCUGAGAAGACCAUAUACUUAUUGUACCUUUUAAAAGUAAACCGGAGAAUUUUCAAAGUGAAGACUUUGUAAGAAUGUCCCAGAAAUCUUUAAUAGAAGAAGUUUUCCAGUGGAACGAGGAGAUGUGUAUGAAAAAGCUGGAAACAAUUCUGCCUGAACUUAUCUCCAUAUACCAAUGCACUGAGAGUGGCAGCAAACAAUUGCGAACAUUGAAGAUUCUCACAGAGAAGUUCUUGCCCCACAUCACACUUUCUGAGAUAGAACAGACCUUUUCCUCUCACUUAUUGCCCAAGGUAAUGACAUUGUUUGAUGAACUUGCAAAUGAGUUAUUGCAGCACAUAAGGCAGUUGUCCAGUCAGAACACGGGCCUGCAGACAGCACUGCGGAACACUAUACAGUCCCAGAUCCAGAUUCUGGAGAUUCUGAUGAACUUUGUGCAACAUAUGUGCAAAUUUGAGGAAGCUUUAGCUUUGGAAAACAUCCAUUCACUAUCCUUGGCUGUUUUUCAUGUCCUCAAGAAUAUCUUUUGUCACUGCAAGGAGAGUGAGACCUUGUACAGUGGUCGAUUGCAUUUGGUUGCAGACGUAUUGCAGUCCUUAUUUAAGGAGGCAUAUUCCCUUCAAAAACAGUUCAUGGAAUUGUUGGAUAGGAUAGUUCUGGAAUUGGCAACAAGCACUACUGAAGAUAUUGCAUCUAUGGUGACAGUGGUUCACAGUGUUUUGGAAAUAUGUUCAAUCAUUUCUAAGAUGGACCAUGCUCUACAUGCUAAUACAUGGAAGUUUCUUAUUAAAAUAAGUGUGAAGCACCGGGCAUUGCUGGAGAGUAAGCUGCCACAUGAUGGAUUUGUUGCUGGUCUUUGUGAGGACAUUCUCUAUUCCUUCAACUCAUGCUUGCAUUUAGCUGAACAAAUGAACCAGCCUACAGUAGUGGGAAAUGGCAACAGUACCGAUUGUAAACUCUUCCAAAAGACAAUGAAGCUGUGCCGUUUUUUUACCAAUACACUCGUGCACUAUGUAAAGGAAUUUAAUGAUUUCCUCUCAACAUCUUGUCGCUUAUUACACCACCUUUAUCUUCAGAUGUACAGUAAAUUACCUCCAAGUUUAUAUGCACCUAUUUUGCCCAGUGGAUCUUAUGACCAGAUUGCCUGCGUUGUUCCAGUUGCACUGGAUGCUCUUGUCUUGCAGCUGAUGUCCUGCAGGCCCUUUGUGGAGAGAGUGUUACUAGAUAAUCUAGAUUCCUGUUCUGAGCUGGUCUUUCCACAAUGUUUACUAUUGAUUAACAUCAUGGACAAGCUUCCUUCGCAGUCUGAGGAAGUUCAAAGCCUCUGGUGUUCUGGUCAGUUUUCAGAUGAAAAGCCAAGUUUACCUCUGUUGCAUGCACUGUUUCGUAACUUACAGAGGUGUUAUGCAGAGCUUUCUUUGCCAGUCCAGCUGCCAGGUGUGAUGAGUAAGGGGCAAGCUCAACAACGUGUCAGUUUGUAUGAAUAUGUAUGCACUCACUUAUGCUCUUUUAUCACAUCCAUUCCAUCUUCUUAUUUUCCAGAGCUGGAAUGCUCUUUAUUAGAUGGCGUACUUGGUCCUCAUAUACUAACUGCUUUGUUGGCUUCAGAUACUUGGUGCUUUCUUGCACGGUAUGGAAGUGCAAAUCUUUGUGCUCAUCACGUCUCCCUCGUGGCUGACCUGGUGAAGUCUUGUUGUGGAGAUUGUUACCAACUGUCCCAUUUAUCUUUACUCCUGCGACGUUUGCUUUUCCUUAUGGCAGCAGAGCAUCAGGUUAUAUUUGUGAAAAGGUUUACUCCCAAAGAGGCAAGCAAUUUAUUGCUAUGGCGUCAAGUUGAUAUUAAAGCUCUGACUCCUGAGCUUCAAAAAUCUGUUACUUCUGAUGUUACCAGGACAGCAACUGACCAGUGCAAAAGAUGGCAAAACAGCAAACAGUCCUUGGGUGAACUGGAACAAGUGAAUGUUGCCCUUGCUGCUUUGUUGGCUGUGUGUAAUGCCAACGGGGAAGGCUUGACUUCAGAGUUACAGCUGGCAGUCACAGAAACUGUGUGCCAGAUAUGGCCAUUCCUCACUGUGGAACAGGUGUUGAGCCAGUUUUGUGUUCAGCAGACAGUUACCCUGCUCCUUUCUCUCACCGCAAGCCUGAUUUGUGUUUUAGGUGACACAUUGAUUGCUGAGGUGGUAUUAUUUCUCAGUUUUCUUCUACCUUUAAAUCCUCCUGAUCAUGUUCGUCUUGCUGCAUUGGACUUUCUGGGAUCACUGGGAAAGAUUGAUAUAUCACCAGAUGUUCAGGGUAUGGUCCUUCCAAAGCUACCUUGUCUCUUUGCUUUCCUUCUGGCUGAUCAGACUUGGCUAAUUCUUCAGCAAGCACUUCAAGGAUUUACACAGUUUGCCGAGGAGACCUGCCAUGAGGAAAUAGUCCCACAGAGUCUGGAGUCGAGCAGUACAAAGACCAAAGUUGUAAGCUUCUUGAACAAGGCAAUCACUACAGUUGAGUCCAAGGAACUACGAAUGGAGAGGUUGAAACAAGAAAAUAUUGUUCUAGAGGCACAUUUCACUAUCUUAAGCCAAUGUACCAUGAGUGAUCCUACUAUAGUGCAGCCAUCUGCUAAGCGUGCCCGGCAGGAAUCAUGUAAGGAGGAGCAGUACGAGACAGCCUUGCAAACAGCAGAGAAUGCUUUUAAAAUAUUGCAGACUUUGGUAAAACAGCAAGUGCCACCAGACUGGGUAACAGUCCGUUUACAAGCCUUGCAAGAAAGAAUCCUUGCUUUGAAUAGCAGGCAAGAACCUGUUUAAAAUUUGAAUGAAUUGUUACCUACCUUCACCACAGGAGGAAUGUAUGCUACAGGCCAGUUUUCUUAAUACAAGAUAAUUUGUGUUAUUUUAAAACAGCUUUGAAAGAGCACAAUACUGUUUGUAAAUCCUAAAGGGUUUAAUUGCAUAAAAAUUAGGUGGAGGAAUAAUUUGCAGCAUACCCACAAUACUAAUAAACUUGUUUAUUAUAACAAGAUAUUUUUGAUUUGCCUUUCUACAACAGUAAGCUGAAGGAAAAUAUAUCACAUAGCAAAACUACUCUUUUAUGGUCAUAUUACUGGACAAUAGUUUCAUCUUUCUGUAGUAACAUAAUCAAGAUAACCGCCCAGUGACAAAGGGAACAGAUAAGUUGGAUCAUGAACCACUGAUGCACUCAAUUGCCCAAAUGACUGUUUGAUCAUGUUGAUCAGAAGGUUAUCUCUAAGAAUCACAGCAGUUGUUUUUCAGUGUAUUUUGGAGGUAAAUCAGUGAGGAGAUAAAAUGAUGCACUAUUUCUUCUUAUAUUCUCACCUUUGGGUAAAAAUACUCCAUUAUUCAAGACAUUUAAAAUUGAAGCGUGUUGAAUAUUCUCUAUUAUAAUGAGUAGAAAACUAUCAGUGUUUAGACUGUUAAGUAUCUUUUAUAAAAUGAUCUUUAAUUGUACAAAAAUAUACAUUUGAACAUACUAAUUUUUACAAAAUCAUCUUUCAUAACAGCAAUUUCAGCCUGGGGCUCAACUUUCUACAAUUAGAGAAAGAAUCAAUUGACUUGAAACUGAAAUUAGUCUAAUUUGGUAUAUUACAAGAGAAGGAUCGUUACCUCUCCAAAUACAUGCAAAUUACUUCUGCUUUUAACUAGUUACUAAUUGAGUCCAGUGCCUCAAUACAUUACAUAAAUUCAAAGACCAUUUGGUGUGAGAAAUUCUGGUUUUGCAAAUGAUCACUAUUAGGCAUUAAUAUCAGGAGCCGGGGUACUGAGGAUGAAUUACAUUUAAGGAAUCAGAUCACUCAGGAAAAUAUUUCCUACUUUGCUGUUUCAUGAAAGUGUUUCAUUCAGUGUACUCAAUAUAUUAACCUUUAGUGUUAACACAUAUAUUUAAGUAAGUCAAAUGGUAUUUUGUAACUACAUCCUCAGGCAAUGGUUUGCAACACAGCCAUGCUGUAACAUAAACAGCCUGUGUCAUUAGAAUUUAAUAGAAAUGAUUACAUACUUAAUUUAAAGUAGUGCAAUCAGGGCCAAGGUAAUAUUGCAAAGUACACAACCACUGAUUCAAAUAUCAGAUAAACAGAAGGAUAAGCAAAGUAAGAAAUGGAAGUGAGAUUACAGUUACUCUUCCCAGUACUUUCAGGAACAGAAUUACGAUACCAACAUUCACUUUCAAUUUUCUGGUGAAUCAGUUCCUAGGUCUGUAUUUGAUGGCCAUUUUGGUUAGUGAUUACAAUAAACAUGAAAUUAGUUUCAUGUAUGAUAUUUUCAUAAGUUGUGUGUAAAAUUUCAAAUUAUAAACAGUUAUGUUUAAAUAAUUAAAUAAAUAGUGCUCUUUUUUUGUGCA